GAAUCAGGCAGGGUUGCUGCGUUUGCAGACGCGGAGCGCGCCACAAUCACACCCUGGAGGACAAAGAAUAAUUUCCGGUCCGAUCACGAAUUCCCUGGAUUUCUACCUGCGUACCGCUUCUCGAGUCCCCUCCUUCAUCUCUGCUAUCUCAUCUUUUUCGCGUGCACCAAGAAAACCUUGAAAGUGAAGAUGCAGUGUGAUGUUUCUGCUGAUACUCACUUCGGUCCAAGAGUGUUGCCUUGUCGUCGUGACUUCGACUUUACACUACUCUUCGAGCAGUGGAUCCUUGCUUUAGUUCCUGAUCUGUCAUUCCUCAUUCUAUGCUUUUGUCGGUGGUACUUUAUUCGUGGGGGGGCAAAAAGAGAUACGCCGCGGGGCGGUUGGCACUUACAAGACGUCACUGUGGCUCUCGUGGUCCGGUCCAUGUUGCUCGUGUUGGAGACGAGUGAGAGCAGAGGAACUCUAAGCCCUCAAUACGGCCGCAUUUCUCCAGAAAAUUUCACUGGGAUCUUCAGUCAGAGUACCUACUGGUGGCUCAACGGGCUGUUCAUGAGUGGCUUCCGAGGCGAGCUAUCCCUCGAUGAGCUCUAUCCCCUGGAUGGAAAACUCUUGACUAAGUCUCUCGUUUCCCGCGGCGACCAGCGAUGGAAAGAAAAACCCACGCGACGGCUAGCACUUUUUCGUGAUAUCAUUUACGACUUGAGAUGGACGCUUGCAGCGGCAGUCGGCCCUCGCCUUUGUUUGACUGGGUUCAAGUUUGCCCAGCCUUUUCUCAUCAACGACCUCAUCAAUUACGUGUCCGACAACGGCUCCAGUGAGCCCUCCGGGGUCAAGUAUGGCUUCAUCGGUGCGACCGUGUUAAUUUACGUAGGGAUAGCAGUAAGCACUGCUUUGUUCAAGCGUCAAGCUAUUCGCAUGGUCACUAUUACUCGUGGAUCGUUAGUUACGAAGAUAUAUGUGAAGACCCUUCACCAAGCUUCAGGUCAAUGUCAAGAGACACGUUCGACCACCUUAAUGAGCACCGAUGUUGAUCGGAUUGUCACCGGGCUGUUGAACUUCCACGAGCUCUGGGCAUCACCGGUAGAGAUUGUGAUUGCGCUUGUGCUGCUAAGUAGAUCCGUUGGAUACCCCUCAGUCGCCGCUUUGGCUGUUGCUUUGGUGAGCGUACUAGGGUCCUCCUAUCUCGCGCCUCGAAUGCGGCAAUGGCAAAAGAUAUGGGUACAAGCCGUUCAGGAGAGAGUCAGUUUCACUUCGGUGGUACUCAAAGAACUGAGACAGAUCAAAAUGUUCGGUGCCGAGUCCGACAUGGGCCUCAAGAUACACAGACUUCGCGAAUCGGAACUACGUCAAUCUAAGCCUUAUCGAUCAAUGAUUGUCGGUGUCAAUGUUUUGAGCGCCCUGUCGACUGCUAUCGCUCCCGCUGCAACAAUAGCCGUGUAUGCCGCUACACAGCUGAAUCUUAGGCUAGAGACACCCAGCACUGAUGUUGUGUUUACGUCCUUGUCUUUAAUUUCACUUCUGACAAGUCCUGUGGUGUUAUUAUCGGUCUCAUGGACGAGGUUCACAUCCGCGAUAGGCUGUUUCGAUCGGAUCCAAGAAUUUCUUUCCAAGGACAGCCGAGCGAAUGAUUUCCUAGGAAGGGGUGAAUGGGUAGCACCUCAGAACGUUUCAGGAACGAAGCUUAACUCAGUAUCGGCUCAGUCCCAGCCCCUUGUUUGCAUGACUGACUGCAGCUUCAGCCUGGGCCCGGACAGCCCAGCGAUUCUCCAUGGGAUAACACUAGAGAUACAGCAUGCUUCAUAUACAGCGGUGACUGGCCCUAUUGGCUCUGGAAAGUCGUCCUUGCUUGAAGCAAUGCUCGGCGAAAUGCAUCUAAGAGAAGGGAAUCUGUCCGUUAGUCCGGUUAAGAUGGCGUAUUGCAAGCAAAAUCCGUGGAUAUUCAAUGGGACACUGAAAGCGAACAUCAUCGGAGAAUCACACGCAGACGAAAAAUGGCUCGAAGAAGUGUUGCAUGCCUGUAACCUGGACAUUGAAGCCACAAAACUUCCUCUCGGACUUGACACAGUAGCUGGGAGCUCAGGAGCUCAGUUGAGUGGAGGACAGAAACAGCGAGUGGCUUUAGCCAGAGCAAUCUACGCGAGGCCAUCCUUACUGGUUUUAGAUGACUGUUUUGGCCCCUUAGAUGCAGUGACAUCAAGAAUGGUCUUCCAGCAAGUGCUCGGUCGCGCCGGUCUGGCCAGAAGGAUCGGGAUGGCUACCGUUCUUGUGACAACAGCAGUGCAACAUUUGAAAGAAGCGGACAAUUUGGUUGUACUUUCAAAAGAUGGUCGCGUGGAAGCUAAAGGGCGUUUCGAAGAACUGGUGAAUAAGAAUGAGUACAUGCAGAGCCUUUCUCGUUCAAUACGCUCCGAAGACAUCGGUAUCGAAGAAGAAAGCGAAGAGAGUGUUUCCAGGCUCGAGGGAGUACAAGAAGUGAGGCAAGAAGCCGGAGAGACCGCUAAAAGAGAGAAAGUUCCUAGCACACCCCGAGGUGGUGGGGACAUCUCACUCUACGCUUACUACAUCAGAUCUUUUGGCUGGUGGGUAUUUGGGUUAACGCUGGUAUUCGCAUGUCUAUUCGUAUUCUGCAUUUCCUUUCCGCAGGUUAUGCUGAGCUGGUGGUGUGGCUCAACCCCCCCCAAAAAACUACAUCUAUCUCGGUUCAUACGUCGGGAUAUCGUCUAUCGCCAUCAUUGCGAUGGCCGCUUUUAUUGGAUGCUGAUUGCUUCCAGGUUUAGCCAGGACAUGUCACUUCUUGACAUGCAGCUUCCUGUUGCAUUCGGCAUAAGUCUCCAGAACGUUUUAACUUGCAUCGCACAAGGCGCCCUGAUAGCUACUGGAUCAGGUUACAUGUCUGUCGUAAUCCCCUUCUGCAUUGUGGCAGUAUGGACAAUUCAAGCUUUCUACUUGCGCACUUCCCGGCAAGUCAGACUCCUUGAUCUGGAAGCAAAAGCUCCCCUUUACGCCCAAUUCUUGGAAACCACAGAGGGUCUUACAACUAUCCGUGCACUUCAUUGGCAGCAAUCAUUUGCAGAUCAAAAUGCCGAGCUCCUCGACACGUCCCAGAAGCCAUUUUACACCAUGUACUCCAUUCAGCAGUGGCUGCAGGUUGUUUUGGAUCUCCUCAUGGCAGGGAUUGCGACCGUUCUGGUUACAUUGGCUAUUUUUGUGAGCAAGAAGACUAGCUCUGGAGCCCUCGGCGUUGCUCUUGUGAAUCUGCUUUCAUUCAACACAACAUUGACCUUGUUGAUAACGAACUGGACACAGUUGGAGACUUCUCUAGGGGCAAUUGUGCGAAUCAAACAAUUUGUGACAGACCUGCAACUACAACCGGCUAGGAACCAGAUAGCAUGUCCAGAGGGUUGGCCGUGGGAAGGUCGAGUGGAAUUUCGAAGGGUUUCUGCAUCGUAUGGGGGGUAUGUUUCCACCCCUGUAUUGCAGAAUGUCUCAUUUAGCCUAGAGGGCGGCCAGAAACUAGGUAUUUGUGGGAGAACCGGAAGUGGAAAGAGUUCUUUGCUUGCCUGCUUUUUCUCUCUCGUGACGAUUACGUCUGGCGAAAUCCUCAUUGACAAUGUCGACAUCUCAACUCUUCCUAAAGAGAAGCUCUACUCUGCAUUGGUCCCAAUUUCUCAGAGUCCAUUAGUAAUUCCCGGUUCGAUCCGUGAAAACCUUGCUUUGGGAAUUACAUCAACUAUUGAUGAUUUAGCGAUGGUAUCUGCCUUGAAGGAAGUCGGACUUUGGCAUCAAAUUCGAGACAAUGGUGGCCUGAGUGCGAACAUCCAUUCAACUAAACUAUCCAAUGGCCAAAAGCAGAUUUUAUGCAUUGCCCGUGCUAUUCUAUUUCCUGGUAGGAUCAUCAUCAUGGAUGAACCUACGGCCGGAUUUGAUGAACACACCGAGAGAUUGGCCACAGAGCUUCUUCGUGAGAAGCUAAAAGGGCGGACUAUAAUCUCAAUUUCCCAUCAAAUCAACACUGUGAUGGACUCGGAUCUGGUCAUGGUCAUGAAGCACGGUACAGUAUCUGAAUUAGGAGCACCGCAAGAGCUUUUGAGUAGGCGAGGCAUGUUCUGGCAGUUCGCGAUCAUUCGGGAUGAUGAGGCAGGGGUUAACCUCGAUUUCGCGACAGGCGGACUGGGCUCGAGUAUCGGCAAGAAACUGCGCGAGCAAGGAGCACGAGUCGCGAUCCUUUACGCGCCCUUUGAGGCGAAGCGGCGGGAUGAAUUGCUCGAGGCUGGGUACGGGGGUACCGACAUCGACGAUAUCCGCACCUAUGAGUGCGACAUCACGUCCGCGGACUCUGUCCAGUCGGCGUUCGAAUCGCUUGAGAAGCAGAUUGUCGCCCCAGCUUCCUCGUCACUCGCCGACCGGGCAUUCCCGAGUAUCUUGAUUAAUACGGCUGGAUAUGUAUCGCUCAGCGAUAUGGAGAUCACGCCGCCCGAGGAAACCAUGAAGCAUCUCACGACCAAUGUUUUAGGGCCCAUGCUCUGCUCGCAGGCCUUUGCUCGAUUGUAUUUCGCUGCUUCGAAGGUUGCCGAGUCAUCGACUAGUCCGCCUCCGCCUGGGAGGAUCGUGAGUAUCUCUUCGCAGGCUGCGCAUGCGGCUCUGCACCGUCAUGGUGCUUAUUGCGCUUCCAAGGCUGCGCUAGGGGGGCUGACUCGCAGUAUGGCAUCUGAGUGGGCUGGUCGGGGGAUCACAUCUAAUACCGUUUCUCCGACUGUUGCGUGGACGGCGCUGGGACAGAAGGCUUGGGGUGAGACGUCGGUGAGGGAGGCAUUCUUGAAGAGUAUCCCCACUGGCAAGUUUGCGCUUCCAGAGGAGGUGGCGGAUGCUGUUCUAUUCCUUUGCCAGGACUCCAGUGGGAUGAUCAACGGUGCGGACAUUCGAGUUGAUGGCGGCUUCACUGUUCGGUAG